AUGAUGAUGGCAUAUAAUUUUAAACCUGCUUCUGUUUCUACUCCAGCAAAUACAGCACAAAAUAAUAGCCAUAUUAAUAACAAUAGAAACCCUACCGCUAAGAUAAUGUCUUUACCUCCUUCCAACGGUAAAUUAACCCCUAUCCAUCCUAGUAUCAAUGGCAUGUUCAACGUUAACCCACAGCUACCCCAGUCUCCUCCUCCCAUUGGAGCUUUAACUCAUAAUCUAUUCCCAACUCAAGGAGGUUCUCCAACGGUUGCCAAUUCACAACAUCAUCGUCCUGGUGCCAAUAUCAACAUCGAGUUAGACUCAAUAAGAAAUAAAAACGAUCUUAGUAGAUCUUUUGAAGAUGAUUUGAUAUAUUGCCCAAGAUCACUAUUAUCUACACAAGAACUUCUGGCUUGCGAACAGUUGGAUUUCAUGAUGUUUAAUAACAACAACAUAAACCAAUUAUCGCCUGAUUCAAGCAUGGGCCAGCCUAAAUUUAAUCCUUAUACUUCACAAAGUUUCAAUCCUUCAGGACCAGAAACUAAUUGA